UGUAAAUAACGCGGAGUGAUGGCGCAACUUAUUAUAUGAACACUUGUCUGCCAUAUCCGGAAAACCCUGGCAAUUUUGCGUUGAUAUUAUCAGAGAGAGAUGACGGAGAUCUCGCGUCGGAGUUCGCUCCGCUUCUUAUUAUUCUUUUCCUCAAUUUCCCUGCAAUUCUUCGCUGGGUUUUCAGAGGAUUCAAAUUCCAAAGAUGUGACAAAAGUUGAUGCUCAUUCUUCUUCAAGUAGCAAAAAAGGAUCUACAAUUCUGAUAACAUGCAUCACGAUUGGGGCAUUUGCUGGUUUGUCAUUUUUCCUUUACAGGUUAUGGCAAAAGAAGAAACGUGAUGAACAAUAUGCUCGUCUACUAAAGCUGUUUGAACAAGAUGAUGAGCUUGAGCUUGAACUUGGUCUUCGUGAUUAAGUUACUUUAAUCAAAAACACAGGUGUAAAUGGUAGUUGUGCAUCAGGAAGGCGGCUCCCAGCAUUUGUUUCUGGAAUUAGCAAUUGUAUAAAUUUUAUAGCGUGUGAUGACGAGGACUCAAACUUGUCAUUGAAAUUUGUAUAAUUUUUAUUAACAUGACGACAAAAGAUGUACUCAUCUUUCUUCAUUGCUUUUUCUGGUUAAUCGUAUAUUUGUUUUCUUCUUGAAAAUGUAUGUUUUAUAGGAACCACCAUACUUUUUAUAUGUUGCGGAAGUUGGUUUAUUGAUAACAGUUAAACUAUUAUUGUCAUAA